GGUAGGAAUCUCGGGCCUGCAAAUCAGGAGGUUGUGAGUGCAAACCCGAGACAGGGGUGUUGAUUCCGGCUAUCAUACCUCUGGGGUUGGUAAAAUAGGUACCGCUGUGACUUGCCCCUUGCAUUGGAGUAUAGAAUUUUUACUACCACUGGCUUCGAGAGGUGUAUGCAAGAGAUAUGUGCUCCAGCGGGAAACUCCUUUUACUUCAUGAGUUUUUAUUUUAUUUGAAUCCACUACCUUAUUUUCCUGUUUAAUAUUACAAUAUACAUAUGCCCUCUUGUAAUACAGUAAACUAAACCCUGGUCGUAUUGAAACCUCUUGGCAGGAUAUAUAAUUCAUGCAUAGAUGUAUAGACUCAGCGUUCCAAUAUUCUACAAAGAUGCCCUUGAAAAAUAGAUUGGGAUUUUUUUAUUUUUCUGUUCUUGCAAAGAAAAUGGUUAUGGUAAUAUUGAGGCUUCCAAGUAAAAUAUUUUCUGCCCAGAUUUCAUAAUUCAAAUAUAUUAAUACUAGGGUGUAUGCAUUGUGUAUUGUAGGUAAAAUACAAUUUAUAACAUUUACUGAGAGUAACAUACAAUACAACAGGGCGGAGUGGUGGCGGAUUGGUUAGCUCUGCUUUAUGAACCAAGCGACCUGUGUUUGAUUCCUGCUGCACAUAAAAUAAUCUCCGAGUGAUAUCUGAAUCGGUCCCAGGAUAUCUCCCUCUUUCACCAACCCACACUGAUAACGUGGUGAAGUAUGACUAAACCACUGGCCCUUGACCUGCAAUAGUUUGACAAAUCGCAGUUAAACAACACAUACAACAGACCUUAUAUCAUGCAGCCAAAUGCAUGUACAGCUGCCUAUAAACACGGAUAAUAAGGGAGUAAUUUCUUGCUCCUUCCAGUGAUGCCUCAUAUCCGCAGAGCACGCCUGGAUGACUGGGGUCAUUGGCUUCACUUUCUAGGGGUCACAUUUGAGGGGCCCUCCGAGCGGCAUCGUCAUCAUCAGUCAUCGUAAAAUCCAUCAUCAUUUACACCUUCAUCAACUCUGCAUUCAUUAUCAUCGCCGCCAUCUUCGUGAACAGGGACCAUCGCCACCAUCAUUGUCAUCACCCUGGUCGCCGACACUGUUGAGUCUCGGUGUUGUGCGACUUCUGGAGACACGGUGCCACAUCCCCUUGGCCAGUACAUAAACGUAGAGGCUUGCUUUGUGAGCCGGCCUGUCUGGUUUGUACUAUUUACUCGCUUUAGUGGGCUCUGUAGAGUCACACUCGGCAGUGCAUAAAGUAUCGGCUCCAUUAGCACUGCUUGGUGUAGGUUAUUUGAUUUGUCCGACUUUUACGAUCAUGCUGUAACACACUGGACUGUUCUUCCAAAGCAGCGUUGGUACGUGAUAUACACAUGGUGAUCCAUUUAUAGACACACCACAGAUUUCUAAUGACCCCUCUCUCUUCCUUUCUACUCAACAGCUGACUGAAUAUUGCGUAAGUGAUGGCUAGAUAUCUUAGAGGAGAGCAUCCACAGAUCUAAUGUGCCUAUCGUUUAGAUUGGUGCGAGACGCAUAGAGGCUUCACAAUAAAUCAUUGCAGUAUCUUUAAGCGUUGCCCAUGGAUCACCCUGUAUAUCCGUGAUUGUGUAUUUUCCAGUGGUACAUGCAGUAAGUUUAUGCCGCUGUGUGUAUUCUGCACAUACUUUGUAUGCACCAAACUGUGAUUGUGCCUGUGUAGCUCUGUUUACAUAACCGAGUCUCCUACAUUGAUUUUCCCCAUUGGAGCGUAUGCACCCAACUAAAGGGUUUAUCUGGUUAUAUAGUCUGUCCCAUCCUUGUGUUCGUCUGCCGCUGCUAGUCUGCUUAUCAGUGUCUUUGGCCUUGCUCUGCAUGCAUUGUCCCUGCGGUUUUGUUUGUCUACGGAUCUCCCGAGCGUGCAUUCACCACCCUCUCAGCCUUAAUACCACCACCAUUCAUGCUAUGUUUGCGCUGGCCUUGUGAUGUAUAUUUUGCUCUGUUUUUCUCUGUCUCGUUCAGUCUGGAUUUAGCUCUUUGCGCUCUUCACGCGGUUCGUUCCCUGUAUCUCUUUACAGCUGUCUGCUGCGGAUAACUUGACAUGCAACAACACAAGAGAUGUGUUAAGCAUCAUAACACAGAGGGUCUGUCGGCGCGCAUUAGUGAAAACCUUGCACUUAUUUGAUCUAAACAAUUACGUCACUGAAACAAUGAUCUGCACUGAGCAAGUGUGUGGCAUAGUAAUGUGACAAAGACGUGAAUUGAACCUAAUGGUGGAAUUGUUUUUUCAGUCCAAUUGUUAGACUAAUAAGUAGUCAUGGUGACUAUAAAUUAAUGUAAUUAAUGUAAAUUAAAGUGGGGCUUAUCGUAUGCUCCACGAGUUCCAGAAAUUGUAUUCAACAUUUUUUCCCCUAUAAAUUCAAAACAUCUAUCGACCUUGGUGGUGGGGGAGGGGUGGCUCUCAACAUGUAUUCAACCACAAACAACCUCUCUCGCCAUGCCAGUCUGUUCACAUUGCUUUUACAUGAGUGGAAGACCACAUCGGUUCAUCGAUUCAGAUCGAUUCUUGUCCUUGCGACACAUCCUUCGAAUCCUGCCUGUGAGACUUGGUAAUUUUCACCAUUUGGGCAAAUAACAAUGUUUGCAAAUGAUAUAUUAAUGGAAUUGUAUGGUCUCUAAGCAGGUUAACGAAGGCAUUUUAAUCAUAUUUAAUCUUAUAAAAUUAUGUUGACUUUGAUGAAUAAUCCUUUAAAAUGUAGUAUUUAAAAAAACCCAAUCAAUUAUUUGGUUGAGACUCUUUUUGAUAAUUUCAGUGUCAAUACUCAUUGUGUUAUUCUUAAUUACAAUCCUGGAAUUAAAAUGACUCAUUUGAAAGUUUCCAUCCAGAAUCCAAAAGGCACGAGAAAUGCAAAACUUCAGCCAAAUUGAACUAUAAGCAAAAUUCAAACUGUUAAUAUCACGAUAUACAUAGCCAACUGCACUAAUCAGAGGUGCAGGGGGAAGGACAACAAACUAAACACAAAAAUAAGUUCUAAAGAAUUGAGUUUUCAAUCAAGAUUUUAAAACGUGCAUAGCUCCAGUGGCUUCCGAAUGUCGGAAGGAAGACUAUCGCGGCUUGCAGUAUCGUCUCACACAUCACAAUACAGCACAGACUCCCCUCCAAACGCUCUGGAAUGUGACCCCUGCCUUGCCAGCUGAAGCUGGGCUACCAUAAGAGGACUCUCUUGGCUUGACAGUUGUCUGUCAGCAGCUGUCACUCUCAGCAGGGCUACUCUGAGUCGAGAGCCCACUUUGGUCGAGUUCUACAGCCAAGAAGCAACUUCCUGUAAACGUAAUACUAUACAGUAAUAUACAUAAUACACAUUGUGCCUCUCCAAUAAUAAUGGCAACAAUAUAUCGUGUAGACUCGGCAUGUGAUGAUGCAUCCAUUCAUCGGUUCAUAGGCAAAUAAUAGGCUCGUGUUGCUUUUAUAAGAAUAGAGUAAACCAAGCUGUACGAAUGAGACUUGUAAAAUGAGAAAUGUCACGAGUGAUUCAGUUCCUGAAGAAGCUCCUGAGGCCUUCGUCGCAUCUUGCAGUGUGCCCUGCCCAAGCCCCACUUUUACGUUUAUUAACCGUAAAAAUUACGUCUUUAACCUAUGUGUUCUCUUUCCGUCUCUCAAUGCGAAUUCUAGUAUGCAUUUCUUCAUGCUGCUUCACGCACUUUUUCAGUUUUGUUUCAUUUUUGUCGUCUUUGUGCCGACGGCAGAGUUGCUAGAUCGUUGGUUGAGGAAAUAAAAUGUCAAAACGUAAUACGGCCAAGUGCUCUUAAUGCCACCACACCUCGGCGUCACUUCCCUUCCUUGUGCCAGGUGUCAGCUCUUGGGCGGUUGAUAACAGACCUCCAGGGUAUGCUCUUAUAUGCCCAUAUAUUAUGCUCCUGUCCAGGCCAUAAGUCUCAUAAGACAACAUAGUUCUUAGUUAUAAAUUGUCUGUAUGUAUGUUGAACUUCUUUCGCAUCAUACGUAUACAACCGUCCUAAUUGGAGGUCUGCAUGCAACCGCAUCUCAAAACGCCCAAAAAGUAGGAGGGGCAUGGUCAUUGAGUGGCACUUGGAAGGUUGGAGCGUUUUUUGUCGUUCUUAUUUUUUGUAAAAAAAUUGAGGUGGUAAGGAGGCUGCAGGGCAAAGGGGGAAUUGAGACGGAGGUAAAGUAGAGGUCCUAAAAGUAAUGAGUGAGUCGGCCAUUGGCAGAGGAGAAGAUGGGCUUCUUGAACCUGGGCUUGGGCAGAGGAAGGAGACGUCGUGGGAGUUUACCCAUCCAGCAGCGUCAGACACCGUGCAACCUGUACUCACGCUGCGGCAUAUGAGGGCUUGCACCGCAGCGCUCAACCAGGCGGGAGGAUCAACACGGGAGCGACGCGCAUCCGUCUGUAACUCGCCGCUUGCACGCGAUGAGCCUUCGGGAGGGACGCGAGCUUGGGACUUGUAAGACGGGUGUAAUUUACUCCACAAGGAAUUGUAAAGUUUAAAAGGCUGGCCAGCAAAUGAGUUCCUAGAAUACCGAUGCCAAAAAUACUGUACUGGUUAAAUGAGUCUAACAAAGCAUUCUGAGGUUUAAGAUGGGCUUAUAGUGUGUCUCCAGUGAAAUGUUUCAUUUUUUUUCUAAAAAAAUUACAUUUGUGUACUGUAUCAAUUCAAAGUCAGAGUUUUUAGGUGUGUUUCGAGGUUUUAGCACGUGUUGUUGCGAAUUUAGUUCAUGAAGAAGCUCCCAGCACAUGGUAGCGAAACAUCAGACAUCGCGCCAAACAAUGCUCGGUACAACCCGAAAAUACAUCGGAGAGCUGUGUAUAGCACAACCGCUAAAACUUAUACAGCAGCAAAAUCAAAGUACAGUAUAUCUUGCUCGGUCACCUGCGGGAUGCUGCUCAUCUGUAUUGACAUACCCCGAGCCAGUAGCGGACAUUCUCCAUUCCGAUGGUGGGGGUCAGUCUGUCUCUAUAUUACACAAUCACUGUGAACACGUAUCAAAGUGGUGCUUAUUUGUACUUGAACUCCCAAACUUCAGUGCCGUUACCACCACGUCGGUCCUGUUGGUUCUUUUAGAAAUGUCUAACAGCAAGUUCAUUGGAAAUGUGCGCUUUGCUUUAUUUUAGCUGUAGUUAUUUCGAUUUGGCAGUGAGUAGUACGGCGUGUAUCAAUGCAUCUAUUCACGACAAGAUAAUUGUUGUUAUUGUGUCGUCUAUUCAUGGGUUAAAAUGAAUUCUUAUGGCCCAGGAAGUACGCUUAGAAUCACGCGUGCAACUAUCGAUUAUUUGCAAUUCAUGCAAAUUAUUUUUGUUCACUUCACGCUGACGGAACGGAAGCGGAACAAACAAGAAUGAACCUCUGAGACAGACAAUAUGAACAAGGCUGUGCUAAUGAGACAAGAGAAUCCAUUAUUUGAAUAAAAAUGACUCCAUAUCAUGACACUUAAUCAAAACGUGGCGAGGAUGAAUCAUUUCACUCUUCUCUGUAAUGAUUCCAACACCGACAGAUGUACGCAAAGCCAAGUUUCAGAUUGGGCAUGCUGCAAUUUAUUUUUUCUGAGUCAAAAUUGGACCAAGAUAACGAGAUUGCUUUUAAUUGGAUUUCAUAAAUCUGUGAACAGUUUCUCGUUACCGCCAGCGGUUUAUGUGAACGUGUAAAUGCCGAUAAAAAACCUCGGGUUCAUUCUGAGUGCCGCUGUUUUGAGCGUCUUCUAACGGAAUAUGUAUUUUUUUUAAACUAACGAAUUAAUUAAUUUGCAUUAAUACUUUCAUUUGUUUUACACACCCAGAUGUAUUUGUGGGACAUGGAACUUUGGCACUGUGGUUAGCACGCCGCGUCAUAUGAACUUGAUUAACCUCAGUUAAAUUUUUGGCAAUGACUAACGUCAGUUGAAAGUGAUAUCUGAGCCAUUCUUGGGCCCAAACUGCACUGACCAGCGUAGUGAAGUAUGGACAAACAACCCCCAUGACCAUCCAGCGUGAGGAAGUCUUCAUCCAGCAGUGAAUCGACAAAAGGUUGUAAAUUAUGCAAUUAUUUGGUUUGCAUUAUUUUACAUUACAAAUCACAUGCGUCUCAUGGCACAUAUUAACGUUUUUAACUGAAACUCUGAAAAGUCAACAGAAAAACACCAAAGUGAGUGAGUGAGGCAGUUAUUGAGCUAAAACGCACCCCGACACAAACCUUCUGACCUCGCUGUGAUUCGCUCACCGUUAGUACGGUUUCCACGGCAACACUCAAUUACAGCCUCUCCCCCAAGGCAGUCUAGGGGAAUAGCGAAGGGAGGGCCAUGUUGCUGCCUCCCCCCGUGGUCAUUCCUCCCUCGUCCCCAGCAGGCCCCGUGUAACAGCGCAGGCGCCCGCUCCUGCAGGAAAUUUAAGCACGUGGAUCAUGACUGCUCAAGCAAGUUUCACCCGAACAACGUGGAACAACGUUUUUUUUUAAACGCAUUGAAAAGGCUACCACAGUAAAAUUUACGACCCCAUGAAUUUGCCAUCCCUUCGAAGGCAGUUGGGACAGUCACACGGCGUGGAGAGGGGCGGUAGCUACCUCAUCAAGUCGAAAAAGGCUGCCGCUGGCGCCUUGGCAGGCACACCCGGCCGCAGCGACAGCUUUUACCUGCGCAACAACGGCGUCCCCAAGAUGGGCACGCGCGCCUGGGUCUCCCCGUACGGCGCCGCGUGGGACGGGCGGGGCGGCGGUGUCACCAGCAACGAGCGCGGUAGCGCCGAGAACGUGUUUGGCGACAAGGUGGACCCCAGCACUGCUCCCACGCUGCCCACGCCGUCGUCCGCCAAGGGGGAGCGGGGGCUCACUGUUCCUGUGCGCCGCUUCCGAGACUCAUCGGAGGGGCGCAGGCGGCCAAUACCGUUUCAGUCGGACGGAUUUGCGCAUCAGCAGCAUCAGCAGCAGCCCCUGCGGCACCGCAGCAGCAGCGACGUGGCGCUGAGCGAGAUGGACGGCGACGGCAACAUCACCAUCCACCCGGGCGCAGUGAACCCCAACACGGGCGUUUCCCUGCGGCGUGAGUAUGGCAGCACGUCGUCCAUUGACAGCCGCUCGGCCUCCAACGCCACCGCCGCCAGUGCCGGCAAGCAGUGGUUCCUGGGCGGCAGCAGUGGCAGCAUCGGCAAGGCCAAGUUUGCGGACCUCCUGAGGGUCGGCGAUGCCUUGGCCGCAUCCACCCUGUCGGUGAGCCAGCAGGAACUCGACGACGGCAGCUCGGAGGAGGCACGUGAGGGCCGAGGAGGAGGCAGUGGUGGUAGCAAGUCGCGGCGGAAGGACAAGUGGGAGCGGUCGCUGAAGCGCCGCUCUAAGUCGGAUGUGGGCGAGGCUUCCAUCUUCCACAAGCUGCGCACGGGAAAGUCGGACUCUGACGGGACGGUGGGGGAAAAUGGCGAAAAGGCAGACGAGGCCGGUGCCACCACCACAGGGGUGGCGGCGGCGGCAGCCUCAGAGCGCCGCUCGUGGCGCUGCCCCAAGUGCUUUGGGCACUACGACGUGCAGAGCGUGACUUUCGACCUGCGCUCAUCGGGCCAAGGCCAGCAGGGCUCGGCACAGCAGAUCAAGAACAUGAGCACGGGCGCGUCGGCCGCCUCGCUGUCGGCCAAGACCGUGGCCAUGAUGGUGGCGGCGUCGGCGGCGAGCGGCUUCAGCUCGCCCGGCGGUAGCACGGAGGAACUGGACGCCGCCCGCGACGAGCCCGGGGCGCAGGCGGCCGACGCGGGCGACGGCAAGGGCAACGAGCUGGUGCAGAGCUGCCCAUUCUUCCGCAACGACUUGGGCGGGGAGGUGGAGAGGCAGAUCAGCCUGUCACGGGCGAGCGUGGGGCUGGGCGCGAUGGGCCGCGCGGCCGAGGCACUACUGCACCUCGGCCCCACCAACGCCAGCGUGUCCGUGCUAGAGGGCUGGAGCGCGGACGAGGGCCUGCGCAGGGGCGACAGGGUCAAGCGCUAUGUCAUCGAGCAUGUGGACCAGGGUGCGCGCUACUACCGGGACUACUUCUUCGGCAAAGAGCAUCAAAACUACUUUGGCAUGGAUGAGAACUUUGGGCCAGUGGCUGUGAGCAUUUGUCGGGAGAAGAUGGAAGAUGCGAAGGACAGCACACAAGGCCCCCAGUACAACUACCGCAUCAUCGUCCGGACCAGCGCGCUGACCACGCUGCGCGGCUCCCUGCUGGAGGACACGGUGCCGUCAUGCUCGAAGACCGGCACGGUGCGGGGGCUGCCGCUGCGCGACGUGCUCGAGUACGCCGUGCCCGAGCUGCACAUUUCCUGCCUCCGGCUGGGACAGAACACGCCGCGCGUCACGGACCAGUUGCUGUGCCUCGACGAGCAGGGGCUGAGCAUGCACCACAAACUGGGCAUCAUGUACUGCAAGGCCGGCCAGAGCACGGAGGAGGAGAUGUACAACAACGAGAAUGCGGGGCCAGCGUUCGACGAGUUCCUCGACCUGCUGGGCACGCGCGUUCGCCUGCAGGGCUUCGACAAGUACCGUGCGCAGCUCGACAACAAGACGGAUUCGACGGGGACUCACUCCCUCUACACGCAGUACCGUGAUUACGAGAUCAUGUUCCACGUCUCCACCAUGCUGCCGUACACUCCCAACAACAAGCAGCAGCUGCUGCGCAAGCGACACAUUGGCAACGACAUCGUUACCAUCGUUUUCCAGGAGCCAGGUGCACUGCCAUUCACUCCGCGCCACAUCCGCUCACAGUACCAGCACGUGUUCAUCGUGGUGCGCGUGCAGGACCCCUGCACAGACAACGUUUCUUACAGCGUGUCGGUGGCGCGCUCAAAGGACGUGCCGUCGUUUGGGCCGCCGUUCCCCAACCGUGCGCGAUUCCCCAAGUCGCCGGCAUUCCGCGAGUUCCUGCUGAGCAAGGCGAUCAACGGCGAGAACGCCGCCUUCAAGGCCGACAAGUUCCUGGCAAUGGCGACGCGCACGCGGCUCGAGUACCUGCGCGAGCUGGCCGAGCACCACGCGACGGGCGCCGCCCUCGCCGACGCUUCCGCCUCCACCAAACUCGGCGCUCUCAUCUCGCUCGGCGGCAAGCGGCGCGAGAAGACGGCGGGGCGGCCCGGUGCCGAGAUCGCCGAGGCGCCCGGGGCGCUCGCCUGGCCUGUGGUGGCGCAGGACCUGGCUCGCGCCUGCGAGCUCGACUGCUGGCUAGCGGUGUCGGGGGCGCGGGCGGCGCUGAUCGACCGCGCCGUGCGCACCGUCGUGUUCCACGUGCCCGGCAGGGACGUGCUGGGGUGGACGAGUGGCGCGAGCAGCGUAAAGCUGUUCUAUGGGCGCGGGGAGUGCGUGCUGGUGAGCCGAGCCGAGCCCGAAGAUGUCCGUGACAUCACACUGCGGCUGCAGCGCACGACGAACGGGUGCGAGACGGAGGAGCUCACGCUGCGGCGCAAUGGCCUGGGCCAGCUGGGCUUCCACGUGAACGCAGAGGGCGUCGUUGCCGAGGUGGAAUCCUACGGCUUUGCGUGGCAGGCUGGCCUGCGGCAGGGCAGCCGCCUCGUGGAGAUCUGCACCGUCGCCAUGGCCACGCUGAGCCACGAGCAGAUGAUUGACCUCCUGCGUACAUCCGUCACCGUCAAGGUGGUGGUGGUUCCGCCCCUGGAGGAUGGGAAGCCACGCAGGGCCCAAUCCGAGCAGCACCGACCACUCCCGAUGGAGUACAAGACCAACGCGGACUCCGCCACUACUGCCACCGCCGCCUCCGCCCUGGACUACCGGCCCCCCUAUCGGGGGGCCAAGCCUUGGAUGCGCGUGGACGGAGGGGGGCCGUCUACCUCGGGGGGUGGUGCGGGGGCGGCCGUAGGCCUCAGGGCCAGAGGUCCCGUCUCCACCUCUGGCGUGGCCCGGCCUCAGGCCCUGCAGCAGCAGCAGCCUGGAAUGGCGGUGCUGACACCGAGCGGGGCCGACAUCCGGACGUUCGCCAUGAAAGGACCGGGUUUGGCUGCGGAGAGCUCUCCGCUUUGGGUGACGGCAUCCGAGCUGAGCCAAGGAUAUCGGUACUACACCGGCGACGGCAUGGCCAACCGGGCGAGGCCACCUCAGGACCGGUUUGCGCCCAUCCAUCCUGCCGAGGUGAAUUCGCACGAGCGUCAGGGGUCACAUGACCACACGGACAUCUCCAGACGACACAAGGAGGUGGCCUUGGUCCAGACGAAGCCUUCUGGAGCCGACGUGAUGUGGGCGAGCGGCAUGGGCGGCCGUGGACCCGGCCAGUCGAUGCGGCCGGCGCGCCGGGAAGUUGCGCCGGCGGCCGACUCGCCCAGCCGGCAGACGCAGGGAACGGACUCGUACUACUCCAGCCCCUCGAGCAGCAACACACUGUCGAGCACUGCGUCAAGCCGGCACAGCGACGAGCGCUGGUACGGAUCGGGCGACCCCCUGGAGCCCGAGGGCGGGGGCGGCGGAGGUGGCACCGGCACCGGUGGCAGUGGUGGUAGUGGCGGCAGUGGCGGCAGUGGCGGCGGUGCUACCGUGGGUGGCGGAGCGACUGGCGUGGGCCCUGGCCAGGGCCGAUCGGGCCACCAUGGCUUUCCACAACACCACCACACUCCGGGCGCAUCCACGGACAGCGGCAUUGACUUGCCGCCGCCGACAUCGUCGCGACCCGGCACUGUGUCAUCUGGGGGCGGGGCGUCAUACGCCAGCCCCGCAGGGCGGCCCACACCUACUUCGCAGAGGGGUCCGGCGGGAGACGGCGGUGGGGGCAAAGUGUGGGCUGUCGUUACAGAGGGAGGGCCCCCGUGCAUCCGGGAAGUGACUCCAGAGGGGACGAGUGUCACCGAGCUGGACUGGGACAUGCAGCACCGUGCCGCUGAUUGGCCGCCAUCCACCGUUGCCCACAACCACAGCAAGAGUUCGUCAUCUGACAGCUCCCGCUCCACGCUGGUGGCGCCCGCACAGCAGCCACCGGUGCCGUCAGGUGGCACAAAGGUCCCCACGUCCCGCAAGGCUUCGCCGGGGCAGCACCAGACCUCGAGGUUGCCCGGUGACAAGGACGGGCGAAGGAGGCUGCAGUGCGAGGCGGGGGCUCUGAGCAAGACACGGCUGCGUGCGUCCGUGCGUGACCUGAGAUCGCCGAAGCGUGCUCCGGCACAGUCCAAGGUGGUGGAGGAUCUGCUGAAGCUCAUCGCCCCCGAGAGCCCCGCGCCCUCACCCUGCCCAGAAAAAGAGCGACGGCUGUCCCUGCCACGCAGCCCGCUGACUCCCCCGCUGGGACGCCCAUUGCAGCGCACGCUGUCGGACGAGAGCAUCUGCAGCGGGCGGCGCAACCCGACGCUGGCCGGCGCGCGCGAGUACGGUGGUGUUGAGUUGAGCGCGUCGAGCGAGGGCUUCUACCUCCACCACCAGCACCACAGCAGCGGGUCGCUCACACCGCCAACGGCACCACAGCGCCGCUCCAUGCCACCGCUCACGCUCGACAGCCCCCAGAGGAUGGGAGGGCCGCUACAGGUGUCGGACUCGAUGAUGUCACUGCGCAGUGCAGCGGCGCCCCCGCUCAGGGAGGCUGGGCUUCUGCCGCUGCCAGAUUCGGCGACGGCGCUCGAGUGGGCCAACCUGGUCAGCGUGGCGCGGCAAUACGAAGCCACACACGGCGUUAUUGGCGGAGUCGGAGCCGGUGGCGGAAUCCGACCCCGCGACCUCCCCGUAUCGUUUGGACCCAACGACGGCCGGGCCCAGCUCCCGAGAGGCUGGCACCAGUCUUCGCCAACCAAAUUCCCGCCAACUUUGCUUGCGUUCUACAGGAGUCGCUUCGCAUCCCCGGAAUCAGAUAUUUCGCCGGGCGCCCUGGCUGGGAAGGUGGACCACUUGGAGGUGAUGCUACAGCGUCUUCAAGACGACCUGAGAAAGGAGAAGGAAUUCAAGACGGUGCUGCAGAGCGAGGUGCACUACCUGCGCCGGGACAACCAGCGGCUCCAGGAGGAAUCGCAGGUCGCUGCACAGCAGAUGCGAAAAUUCACAGAGUGGUUCUACAACACCAUCGACAGGAAGUGAUGUCAUGUCUGUUGCAAUAGAAGGGGACUUCGUUCCAAAAAAACAGGAAGUUAUUUCACAGCCCGUUGGUUUGUUUAAAAAAAGGCAAUGGAAAUUGAUGGCUUUGCAAAGACAACAUGAAAUGAGUGACAGCGGCGAGUAUGGAAUACAUAUCUGGUGGCGAUACAGGAAGUGUGACGGUGUAAGACAGGAAGUAAUAUCAUCAUCAUCUGCUGGAAACAGAAAGUGCAAUGCGGGUGAGACUAGCAGCGGCAGACUGACACAAUUCGAAUGAUUAAACUUUAAAGGACCAGAUGAUUGCCUAUAUUAAUGACUUACAAAACAGUGCUACGUACUUAAUCAAAUAGCAUGGUCGCACAAAACGGUCUUGAGUAGAAAAUAGAGAUUCUCAGCCGUUGUAAAGUCAACCGCUGAUGAUUAGAAGAUACGGACGUUCGUGGAUACUAAAACAGCAGCAAGUGACAUCAUUGCGAAACCAUAUCUCCAAUUUUCAGAAACCCGAUGGCAUGAGGGGGGCUUGGCUGCUAUGAGCCAGGAUAUGUUUUUGUCAUGCAAUGGAGAAACUGGAAUGAAAAUGCAUGAUUGAGCCAAUGCUUAAUAUCAUCUCACAGCACCCCAUUUUUCCGAUUAUUGAUCUUCAAGUGGCGCACAAGAUUUUAAAACCCCAUUGCACCGUUGUGAUGACGGUGGUGAAGAAUCAUUCACAAAUAAAUAUGAGAAGUUGACUGACCGUCACUUGGAAGCUCGUGGGCUACAUCGGAAGAAGCCUCGGAGUUAAAAUCUAAUUCUUGACUCAACAUCUUCAGAUGCUGAUUGAAGUAACGGGGAAUCAAGAGGUUUUGAAUGAUCAGAACAUGAGAAUUCAGUUGAAUGUAGCACCGUGUUUAUGUGGACAAUGGGAUUGCUGGUGUGCACACUUGUAAAUUUCAUAUGAGGGCAGCAUCAUUAACAUAUAAAUUGACCAAAUGAGGCAAAGGUGGCCGGAUUUUGUGAGAUGCUUCACAACGUUACCUCUCGGAUCUGUAUUAUAGCUCUGUUGAGUAUGUGAUUCUAUGAACUUGAGAUUGAAUUAGUCUUUGGCAAAACAUUUUCAUUUACUGUAAUUUGUAAAUACUGUACUGUUAUGUCUUCUUUUGGUUUAAAACCAAAUAUGUAUUGGUGUGCAUUUCUUUCCAUCAGGGUUAGGUUAUGAAUGAAAAAGAUCUGUUUGACUUUUUUUAAUUCAAUCAUUUGUUUCAUGUAAGUUUGCAUAUUGAUGUGUAAAGUAUCAUUUAAAAUAUAUAUAAAUUCAAUAUUGUAAUGUUAAUUUUUGGCAGCUCGUAUAUACCAUCUAGUUAUCAAUAAAAAGAGUAAAGUUUCUGCUCUGUGAAAAGUAAA